GUGUAUGAGGUGUCCUUGGAUAGCUCUUGAAGUGUAGUUUCAUAAUUGAGUGGUCUUUGUUCGAGGAGAGAGAGCUUAUCAUCCAAAAAUCGAUCUGGAACGAGCAGUGGUCUGUGAACUCGAGCUGUGAGAGUGCUGAGACUGUUUGCUUCAUAUCUCGAGUUAUACACAUCCAAAUAAGGCGUAUAAUAUACCAAAAGAAAGCUCUCAAGACGAGGAAUCCUCGAAGGUCUGGUUUGCAUCAAUCGGAGUAGUGGAAGGCCUCCAAAUCGACCGAGCAAAACACGACCUCGCAGAAUACGUUUUUGUAUUCAAAGAAACGAGUUAACCGGGAAACACCCGUUCUAGGGGCUGUUUUCGUAUCAACGAUUAAGGGUUGAACUAGCACUUUGAGGAGGCUGUUUAACACUCAUAAUUGAGCAAGGAAUCAGUUCCAAAUCCACCUUGACCAAAGCUUUGACCAUUGGACCAAGAAGGGAAAGUUUAAAGCUCAUUUGAGGUUGAGGCUAGAGCUUGCUUCCUGUGCUCGUUGCCCGAGUGAUUUUCCCCGGAGAGAAGACUUGGUUCGUGCUUCCUCCAUUCAGUUUUAGAACAUUAAUAAACAUGCUCAUGGAUAUUUUACUUUAGAGCCUGCGUGCUCAUGUUUGCCCUGUGUGGCCCUUUGUUUUAAACAAUGUUUUCCGAUGCGUAUUAAAUUACUUAUUAUGUAUGUUUAUGGAUGACUUUUGUGUGAAUGAUAUUCAUGACGCCUUGUAUAAUAUGAAUGUGUUGGACUGCGGUUGACUAUUCGUAUUGUACGGCGGGUUGUUGACGUGUCCGGGGAGGUCCGGGGCGUGACAAUUAAGUUGGUAUCAGAGCCUUAGUCCAUAAACUUCAUAAUGAAGUCUCAAAAUUCUCUUUUUGAAAAGAUUUUGAAAACCAUGAGCAUAGAAGUUUUGUACUUGGAGAGAUUUUGGUACUUGGGUCGCAAGGUCUCUAAUUGUUAAGAUGGUACCCUUAGCAAUUGGUAUGGCGGUGACUCGAGCCAAAAUGUGUCUUAAGUACCUAUCCGUCAAUUGACAUUUGAUACGAGUCUAACGACUCUUUCCAAAUUUCUUUCAGAAAUGGACCGUGGUGGCAGGAUUACUAGGAGAAACCCGACGGGUCGUGUACCAGUGGAGACUGGACAGGGCAGUCGAAGGACCUCUAGGGCAUCUAGAGGAGCUGGCCGUGGAGGCCGAUCACAGACCGUGAGUGACGGUCAUGUCGACACGGAAAGUGAAACCUACUGGUCCUAUGAGGACUCGACCUAUCGACCGGAAACUGAACCGGUUGAGACCCCUUAUGAAGGGGAUGAUGAUGAUGUAAGUGAUGAGGAGGAAAAUGGCUCCUUAGCACGGAUUGAAGCACUACUUCAACAGUACCACCGUGAGCGUGAGGAGAGGAGGGAACGCCGAAGGCGCCGGGCUAGGCAACCUUCGGGCGGGGCUUCAAGAGGGAGAAGCCAUGGCGACUCUAGGGCCCACGUUGAACCACAUGGGGGCCGGGGUGAUGGAGGUCCGAUCAUAAGGAUCUCCAAAUACAUCAAAGAGGCACGAGACUUGGGGUGCAAACCGUUCGAUGGGACGGGUGACAUCUCCGUUUCGGCACAAUGGAUUAAGCGGCUGAAUGAGGCAGCCCUGGACAUGCAACUCACCCCCGAAUAUAAACUAAGGGUUGCGGUGAGAUUGCUUGAAGGUAUGGCAUCCAAGUGGUGGGAUGGGACCAAAGGCAAAUAUGGCGAGACCGUCACUUGGGAGAAUUUCCGACAGGAAUUCUUUGCCCAAUAUUACUCGGAUUUUGAGGUGAACAAGAAAGUGAGGGAAUACACCCUUCUAACCCAAGGGGGUAACAUGACGGUGAGGGAACUUGAGUACAAGUUCAGGGAUCUUGCCGAUUACAUACCUGAGUAUGCUUGUGACGAGAACCGGAUGGUGAACCACUUCUGGGAUGCUCUAGACUUGGAGAUACGUGACAGGGCAACGCAAUUGCCUAACAUGACGUUUGCUCAAGUGGUUGACCAAGGGUUGAAAGGAGAGAAACAAUGGGAAGAAAGGAAGAAGAGGGACGCCGAGGAGGCGAAAAAGAGAAAGUGGGAGAGUCAUGGCUCCCAAGGUUCCAACAAAAAGGGGAACCACGGAGGGGGAUCUUUCCGGGCACCACUGCCACCAUCUAGGGGGAACCAAGGCCCGAGUGGGCAAGGCGCGAGGUCACAAACCUCAGUGGUAGCUCGUUGCAACAAUUGCAAGAAGAACCACUCCGGUAAAUGUCGCGACCCCCCUAGAUGUUUUCAAUGCGGGGAUGCCGGGCAUUUGAAGGCACAUUGCCCACAAUUGAGUGGGGCAAGGACAUCGGGACCGAGUAGCGGUCCGACGGGUACACGGAAUCAAACCGGGGCUUCUCAAGCAAGCCGGGGACACGGGGGGGCAAGUACAAGUAACGCGCCAUCCGUGAAUCAAGGAAGAACUCAAGCUAGAGUCUAUGCGAUGACGGAGGCGGAUGCUCAAGCGAACCCGGAUUCUGUUGCAGGUAUUUAUCUCAUUAAAAUGUGGUAAAUUAGCCGUACUUAUGUGUACACACCUUUGGGAUUAAGCCCCGAACGCUUUGAGAUCAAAAUGGGCAUGUUUGAGAUUAAAAUGUGCAAAAAAGGGGGGCAACCGGCGCCGGACUUCGCAUAACCGGCGCCGGAGAGAGCGAUGAGGCGGGCCUGUUUGGAACCGGCCCUCUCCAACCGGCGCAUAACCGGGGCAGAUUUCCAGCCAACCGGCGCCGGCCACUGGCCAACCGGCGCCGGACAUGCCCUGGGAUGAGCCUGUGUCCGACCGGCUCCCCAUAACCGGCGCUCACAGCCUGCGACACCACCCAACCGGCGCCGGACACCCACCAACCGGCGCCGGACCUUCCCUGGAGCGAGCCUGUGUGGAACCGGCCCACUAUGACCGGUGCAGCUGGGACAUUUAACCCGGGCAACCGGCGCCGGUCAGGCCUGAACCGGCGCCGGUCCGAAGCUGUUUUCAUCCGAAAAUUUUCCGUAUCAAAGCGGGACCCACCCCGUUUGAACGGUAAAUGCACCCUAACCCUAAAUAAAGUUUAGACAUGUUAAGAAUGGUGUCUUACAUGGCUUAUAAAUGUAGGAACAUUAAAGAUUAAUGGGAAGGAUGCACGAAUCCUUAUCGAUACCGGAGCGCAACGUUCAUUCGUGAGUGAGGCGUUCGUCGAGGAUUUAGGGAUACAAUCAAUCCCAAUGACGCAAACUCUAGUGGUAUCAACACCACUAGGGGAUGACAUUGAAAGAGCUAGUUACUAUCCAUCUUGUGAGGUGGAAAUCGACGGCCAAACCUUGACGUGUGAUUUCGUACCGCUGAGUAUGAUGGAGUUCGAUGCAAUCCUAGGGAUGGAUUGGCUAGAAAAGCAUCAUGCUAGGGUAGAUUGCUACACAAAGGUUUUGGAACUCGAAGGCAAUGAUGGGGACACCCUACGCUUCGAGGGGGACCGAAGCAAAUCAAACAGUUGUAUCAUAUCCGCCGUGAGAGCGAGAAGUAUGAUGAGAAAGGGAUGCCACGCAUACCUAGCGUACGUGGUUGACAAAACCAAGGAGGAAACGAACAUCGACGACGUGAGGGUGGUUUGUAAGUAUCCGGAUGUCUUCCCUAAAGACCUACCGGGGCUUCCACCUGAUAGGGAGAUUGAAUUUGUGAUCGAGGUCGAGCCUGGUACCAAACCAAUCUCCAUACCGCCAUACCGUAUGGCACCCGCUGAACUUAACGAGUUGAAAACCCAAUUGCAAGAGCUUUUGGAUAAUGGUUUCAUUAGACCAAGCCACUCCCCGUGGGGAGCACCGGUUCUUUUUGUGAAAAAGAAAGAUGGGACACUUCGAAUGUGCAUUGACUAUCGUCAACUGAACAAGGUCACAAUCAAGAAUAGGUAUCCUUUGCCUAGGAUUGAUGACUUGUUUGAUCAACUACGAGGAGCAACCGUGUUUUCAAAGAUUGACUUGAGGUCGGGGUACCAUCAAUUGAAAAUUAAGGAAGAUGACAUACCGAAGAGUGCUUUCCGCACAAGGUAUGGGCAUUUUGAGUUCCUUGUUAUGUCGUUUGGGUUAACAAACGCCCCAGCGGCAUUCAUGGAUUUGAUGAACCGAGUAUUUCAUAAAUACUUGGACCGAUUCGUGAUUGUGUUCAUAGAUGACAUUUUGAUUUACUCAAAGAGUGAAGAAGAGCAUGAAGAGCACUUGAUACUUGUCCUUGAGACACUACGGGAGAAGCAACUCUACGCCAAAUUUUCUAAAUGUGAAUUUUGGCUAAGGGAGAUUGGCUUCCUCGGGCACGUGGUUUCAGGAUCGGGAAUUGCUGUUGAUAACAAGAAGAUAGAAGCCAUUACCGAAUGGGAGAGACCAAAGAACGUCAAGGAAAUUCGUAGUUUCCUUGGACUGGCAGGCUACUACAGAAAGUUCGUGGAGAAGUUCUCUGUUUUGGCAUCACCAUUGACGAAGCUCACUCGUAAAGGAGCUAAGUUUGUAUGGGAUGACAAAUGUGAGGAGGGGUUCAUGGAACUAAAGAAGCGGUUGACCGAGGCACCGGUACUUGCAUUACCCAAACAGGGUGUGGGGUACGAUGUCUAUAGCGAUGCGAGCAUCCAAGGGCUUGGAUGCGUGCUGAUGCAGAAUGGGAGGGUAAUCGCCUAUGCUUCACGACAGUUGAAGAAGCAUGAGGUGAAUUAUCCUACUCAUGAUUUGGAGCUGGGGGCUGUGGUGUUUGCACUGAAGAUAUGGAGACAUUAUCUCUACGGGGAGACAUGUCACAUAUACACUGAUCACAAGAGCUUGAAAUACGUGUUUACUCAGAAAGAGCUAAACAUGAGGCAGAGACGGUGGAUGGAGUUGAUAAAAGACUACCAUCUAGUGAUAGAGUAUCACCCAGGCAAGGCAAAUGUGGUGGCAGAUGCCUUGAGCCGGAAGAGCUCGUCUGGGGCAUUGCUAGCUAACUUGAGGGCAUUAAGAGCCCAACUGGAGGUAUCUAGCGAUGGUGCCUUAUUGGCACGAUUUGAGGUGAGACCUACUUUACUUGAUGAGAUCAAGAAGGGUCAGGAAACUGACGAGGAGAUUAUGAAGAUCCGGGAACGCAUGCAAGCGGGACCGGUGGAGGAUUUCAGGGAAAGAGAUGAUGGUCUCUUAUUAUUUCGUGACCGAGUGUGUGUACCGUCAGAUGAUGAGCUCCGAAAGUCCAUCUUAGAGGAGGCUCAUUCAUCGGCUUAUGCCAUGCACCCGGGGGGCACGAAAAUGUACCGUGAUUUGAAAGAAAGUUACUGGUGGUCUGGAAUGAAGAGGGAGAUAGCCGAGUACAUCAGUCGAUGCCUUACUUGUCAACAAGUUAAGGCAGAACAUCAGCAUCCAGCAGGCUUGUUACAACCACUUUCCAUUCCUGAAUGGAAGUGGGAACAUGUGACAAUGGACUUCGUGGUAGGCUUACCACGGACAAUUCGGAACUAUGAUGCAGUUUGGGUUGUUGUGGAUAGGCUCACGAAGAGCGCACACUUCUUGCCUAUCAACACUACCUACCCACUUGAGAGAUUAGCCAAAUUGUAUACGGAUGAGAUCGUGAGGCUGCAUGGAGUCCCAGUGACCAUUGUAUCUGAUAGAGACCCACGAUUCACAUCACGUUUUUGGCCGAAAUUUCAGGAGUCUAUGGGAACGAGGCUGAAGUUCAGUACUGCUUUCCACCCACAGACGGAUGGGCAGUCUGAAAGAGUCAUACAGAUCUUAGAAGACAUGCUGAGGGCUUGUGCAUUGGAGUUUCAAGGAAGUUGGGACAACCACUUAGCACUGGUGGAGUUUGCCUAUAACAACAGUUAUCAGGCAAGCAUCGGCAUGCCUCCAUACGAGGCAUUGUAUGGGAGGAGGUGCCGUACACCGUUAUGCUGGGAUGAGGUUGGCAUGGCCAAACUCGAGGGUACUGAGUUGGUUGAGGUCACCAAGUCAAAGGUGAAGUUGAUUCGAGAGAGACUCAAGGCAGCUCAGGAUAGACAAAAGAGUUAUGCAGAUAAGCGUCGAAGGACCUUAGAGUUUAAGGUUGACGACGAGGUAUUCCUGAAAGUUUCUCCUUGGAAAGGAAUCAUUCGAUUCCAAACCUGAGGAAAGCUUAACCCACGAUAUAUAGGCCCAUUCAGAAUUAUAGAGAAGGUUGGGGCCGUAGCAUAUCGUCUACAGUUGACUCCUGAGUUGGAGAAGAUUCAUAAUGUAUUUCACGUGUCCAUGCUUAAGAAGUAUGUGCAUGAUCCUUCUCAUGUGUUGGAAAAGCCGCCCGUGGAAGUACGUGAAGAUUUGAACUAUGCCGUGCAACCGGUAAGAGUUAUUGACAGAAAAGUGAAGAAACUGAGGAGUAAAGAAGUUCCAAUGGUUAAAGUCCUUUGGAAGAGUGACCGGGUCGAGGAAGAGACUUGGGAAACAGAAGCUUUGAUGAGGAAGCAGUAUGCUUUCCUAUUCGAGUAGAGCUGUGAAUUUCGGGGACGAAAUUCCUGUUAAGGGGGGGUGAACUUGUGACACCGCUCCCGAAUGUCCUUGAAAAUUUGAUUUAAAAUUCAAGGUUUAUGUAUUGGAUUCCUGAUUCCCAAACAUUUGUAAAACGAUUAAUGUCUUACGUGAUUAAUGAUCGAUUAGUGUACUGUUCGAACUCGUAUAUUAGUGUCGGGCAUACAAAUACUAUUUGGGUCUUAUUAAUAAAUAAAAGAGCCCAACAUUAUCCAAAUUGUGAUACAUGAUCUUUCAAGACAAUCCGAGUAAGGUCGGACGGCCCAAACGUUAUUUUGAGCCCAACCCGCUAAAAUAGCAAGUAUUCGAGAAUGGCAUUCUAGACCCACUCGGGAGUGACCCACACGGCUAGUAGCCCAAUAAUAUGUAUGACAAAUGUCAAAUAAGUGAUAGAAUGAUUAAAGGAGAAUACAAAUGCCUAUAACCCCAUCUUUGGCAUUAUUGAGCUAAAUAAUGGGAGUAGGAUUUUCCUUCUAUAAUAUCAAUCAAGUAAAUUAUUGGGAUGGGCCUACACAUAUUGGAGAUCAAUAAUGGGAUUUAGGAAGUUGACUUGUUCUAAAUAAAUUAGGAUGAGUACAAAAAGACAUCUUUGACAAAAGAUAAAACAAUAGGACCCAUCUUCCUAUUUUUGGAAGUAUUGGUAGAUGUUUUGGACCCCAAAAUGAUUGGGAUCAAUUGGGAACCACUCCACAUGAUAUUAGUACCUGCAAGACAAAUAAAAAUGGGUUAGGAGACUUACCUUGGCCGGCCAUUAUGGAGAAGAGCUGCACAUGACUUGAUAAGAAUCAAAGUUUGGGCCACCACUCUUAUUUUCGCACAAAUUGGUGUGCUGUUUGUCUCCUCUCAUUAUAGGAGCUAUCCUCAACCAAAUAACGUGUAUGAGGUGUCCUUGGAUAGCUCUUGAAGUGUAGUUUCAUAAUUGAGUGGUCUUUGUUCGAGGAGAGAGAGCUUAUCAUCCAAAAAUCGAUCUGGAACGAGCAGUGGUCUGUGAACUCGAGCUGUGAGAGUGCUGAGACUGUUUGCUUCAUAUCUCGAGUUAUACACAUCCAAAUAAGGCGUAUAAUAUACCAAAAGAAAGCUCGCAAGACGAGGAAUCCUCGAAGGUCUGGUUUGCAUCAAUCGGAGUAGUGGAAGGCCUCCAAAUCGACCGAGCAAAACACGACCUCGCAGAAUACGUUUUUGUAUUCAAAGAAACGAGUUAACCGGGAAACACCCGUUCUAGGGGCUGUUUUCGUAUCAACGAUUAAGGGUUGAACUAGCACUUUGAGGAGGCUGUUUAACACUCAUAAUUGAGCAAGGAAUCAGUUCCAAAUCCACCUUGACCAAAGCUUUGACCAUUGGACCAAGAAGGGAAAGUUUAAAGCUCAUUUGAGGUUGAGGCUAGAGCUUGCUUCCUGUGCUCGUUGCCCGAGUGAUUUUCCCCGGAGAGAAGACUUGGUUCGUGCUUCCUCCAUUCAGUUUUAGAACAUUAAUAAACAUGCUCAUGGAUAUUUUACUUUAGAGCCUGCGUGCUCAUGUUUGCCCUGUGUGGCCCUUUGUUUUAAACAAUGUUUUCCGCUGCGUAUUGAAUUACUUAUUAUGUAUGUUUAUGGAUGACUUUUGUGUGAAUGAUAUUCAUGACGCCUUGUAUAA